AUAGACAGACGGCACAAAGAGCCCUUCAAGAACCCGAUAAGUCAAAAAGGGAAAGAGAAGAGACGAUCAAAAUCAAAGGAAAGUAUCUAACGAAGAGGCGGUUUUAGUUUUGUUGAUAGAAAAAAAAAGAUAGUAGUUCGGAAUUCGGAUCGGAAACUGGGCAUUCAAUAGUUUUAAUUUGUUUCUUGAAUUGGUAGGGAAACGAAAGAGAUUUUCUGUAUUUUCUCAUCUCUCUUUUGGCGAUUUAUUCCCCCCCAGAGGGAGAAAGAAAUAAAAGCAAUUCAAGGGAGAAUACCAAAUUUUUUGGUGGGGGUGAAGGAUUCUGUAUUUCUGUUCCUCCAACCGAUGUUCAAGAACUGACUUAUUGGGUAUAUUAGCGAUAAUCUCUUGUACCCAUUUGGAUGUUUUUUGUGAUUCGAUAGAGAAACUUGAGUUCUUUGGUUUCUAGGUAGGUAGGUAGCUGGGAAGCAUCGCUUAUCUGAAUUCGUGUUUCUUGAUCAAGAUUUUGGCUACAAACCCAAAUGACCCAUUAGCGUUUUCUCCCCAAUAAUUGAUCGAAGAUUCACUUUCUGAGCUGUUUCGUUGUAGCUGGAAAUUUUUUAUCGGAGGGAGAUUUAUUUCAUUUUGCAGUUUCUUUUUGUGAUUUUCUGACAGAAAUUCUGUCGAUAACGACGAUAAAACGUAAAGGCGAUUUUUUCAUGGAAGAAUCAAGAAGGAUCUUCUCCUUUUGAUUCUUGAAGUUCUUUCUUUCUUGUCUGAUAACAUAGAAAUCUGAUCCGCGGCUCUGAUAUUUCAACCAUGGCUGCGAAAUCUGGUGCUCUUGAUUACUGGCGUAAGUACUUCCGGAGUACCAAUUUCGACAUCUUUGAGGUCAUCGAGUAUGCGAUCGUGGUUGCUGCUUCAGAUUGUCCCAAGGAGUUUAAGAUGAGAAGGGAUCGAAUUGCAGAGCGGCUCUAUAACUGUAAAUACACUAGGUGUUCUGGGUGUGAUCGUGUAGAGUUAGAAGUACCAGAGAAGGAAGAUGGUGAUGAUGGAGGUUGUAAAAGUGGUCGUGACUUUGAGGGUUUUGUUGAGAAGGAAAGUAAGGUUAAUAGCUGUACAAAAGAUAACCCAGAGGCUGACCUGAACAGGGUGAGUAAUUAUAGCUAUGAUGAAGCAGAGGCACUAACAGAGGAGAUUGAGGAGGAAACUCAGAUUGUUGGUGAGGUCUUGAGGAUCAAAGAGAUUCUUUUUGACUGUCAAUAUCAGUCUGAUGGGACAUUGUUCGAAUCAUUAAGGAGGCUUCAAUUGAUGGCACUUACUGUGGAUACAUUGAAGGCGACUGAAAUUGGAAAGGCUGUAAAUUGUCUCCGAAAGCACAAUUCAAAACAGAUUCGUCACCUUGCAAGAACUCUCAUUGAUGGCUGGAAGGUUAUGGUUGAUGAGUGGGUGAGUGCAGCAGCUGCAGUUGCAGGUGCAACAGAAAGUUCCCCAGAUUCUGUAAACCCUUCUGUUGUUGAUGAAGAGGAAGGGCUGCCUUCGCCUCCACUGGAUGAUGGAAUAUUUUUUGCAACUCAAACUACUUCAAUAGAGCUUUCACAGUUCUUCGAUGGAAUGGAUGAUGAUGGAAAUCCUCGAAACAAUGGGGAAUUUGACAAGAAUCGGGAGAAUGGAAGAAGAACUACAAUGGGGAGCCAAAAUAUUCCCAAGAGGAAACCACCACAUCCUAGUGAAUCAAAUUUGCUCACCAAGGAUAGCAAGGGCCAGCCAGUAAGAAAACACGACCCUUUCAUCAAGCAAACAAAGCCUUUCAACACUGAGUCAGGGCCAGGGAGACCUCCAAAGCAAAGCUCAGAGAUCAAAGCCAGUAACCAGAUGAAGGCCCAACAGAAGAUGGAUCCCACUGGAGUCAAGACGAGGCCAGUGUCAGGUCAACAAGAUAAAUCGAAGUUGUCAGAUGAAAAUUCAGUGCGAGCAAAACUUGAAGCUGCUAAGAGGAAGCUUCAAGAGGGGUACCAACAAGCUGAGAAUGCCAAGAAACAACGAACGAUACAAGUUAUGGAGUUGCAUGAUCUCCCCAAGCAGGGGCUUGGUCAGAGACAUCCCCAUGUUAAACCUGGCAACCACAAUAGGCAUUGGGCAAGUGGACGGCGAUAGGGAUGUGACGAUGUUACACCAAAAUUUGUGGAACUAGUUGAAUUAGCUUGUUUUUCCAUUUUGGAAAUAGAUGAUGGGAGAAAAACCAAAAACCGUUCUGGCAUUUCAUCUCUUAACUUGGUUAAGAGCUUAGACAGUGAAAGUCAGAUAUCCAUUGAUUUUUCUGGAGAGGACAAGAUGCUUGGAGAACCAUUCAAAGUCCGAAUAAGUUCUCUGAAAUUCCAUCUAAACAGUCAAAUACAUUGAUUUAAGUACAUUACAUAAAGGUGUAGAGAUAAUAUGAUAGGCUUCAAUGAAGAGAAAAUUUGUAUGGAACAUGUGCAUGUUAUAGUUAGAUAUAGUCACCUGUCAAUGAUCUUGUGUAUUCAUCUCUCUGAUUUGAGCUCUUUAUUGACAUUACCGAAUAUAGAUAGAAAUAUUGCACUUUGCGAAGUGCAUUCGCAUGGAA